AUGACAACGACCACCACCGCGUCGCCCAACGAGGAGCUGCUCCUCAAAGGCACACUCAUUGGGCACAACUCGUGGGUGACACAGAUCGCCACCAACAACCGCUUCCCGGACACCAUACUGUCCUCAUCGCGCGAUAAGACACUCAUCGUCUGGAAACUGCUUCGGGAGGACUCCAACUACGGCAUACCGCAGAAGCGACUCCGAGGACACGGCCACUUCAUCACCGACGUGGUGCUGUCGAUGGACGGACAGUACGCGCUGUCCGGCUCGUGGGAUAAGACGCUGCGGUUGUGGGAUCUGGCGGUCGGUAAGACUACGCGCCGUUUCGAGGACCACACGAAGGACGUGCUGUCCGUGGCGUUCAGCGCCGACAACCGGCAGAUCGUGUCCGGCAGUCGCGACCGGACCAUCAAGUUGUGGAACACUUUGGCUCAAUGCAAGUACACCAUCCAGGAGGAGGGCCAUACCGAUUGGGUCAGUUGUGUCCGCUUCUCCCCCUCCAACUCCAACCCCAUUAUCGUGAGCGCCGGUUGGGAUAAACACGUGAAGGUCUGGAAUCUGACCAAUUGUCGGCUAAAGACCAACCAUAUCGGACACCAGGGAUACCUGAACACCGUUACCGUAUCGCCCGACGGCUCCCUUUGCGCGUCGGGAGGAAAGGACUUUAAGGCGAUGCUGUGGGACUUGAAUGAAGGCAAGCAUUUGUACACUUUGGACCACAACGACAUCAUAAACGCCCUGUGCUUCUCGCCCAACCGCUAUUGGCUGUGUGUGGCGACCGGUCCGUCGAUUAAGAUCUGGGACCUCGAGGGCAAGCAAUUGGUGGACGACCUGAAGCCGGAGGUGAUCUCGACCUCCUCGAAGACUAAGGCCCCGCAGUGCAUAUCCCUGGCCUGGAGUGCCGACGGUAUUACGCUGUUCGCCGGCUAUACCGACCACUUGAUCCGUGUCUGGCAGGUGGUGCCCACCAGUUCCAAGAGCUCGUAAACGUGGAUAUGAUAUGAAUUUUGAAUUUAAUUACAGUAAUUAAUAAUAAGUUAUAAAAAUCAUAUGUAAAGACUGUUUGCCAUGAGA